ACGGGUGCGUCAGGGCGCACAGUCUGUCAGGAAGUGCAGAGUGCGCACAGUUGCAAACCCAUCGCAGUGUAAUGAGUAAAGUGGGGCUUAAUAGGUAAACUUCGAAAUGCCUAAAGAGACUCGCAGAAAGAGCACACGGGAUUUGUUUGCAACUGGGCUUUCAGACGGGUCUCGUUCAGAAAGGAGAAUCCACGAGCUGCAAGCUCCGAGCAUGGCCAUCCCGCAGGUUACCAUCACCCCUGAGUGCGGGUCAUCAGUGACGGUGCAGCAGGAGGACUGGGGACCAACGGGGGACGGGACGCUGCGCAGAACACGGUCCAACACGUCCAUCUCAUCCACGGGCUCCUCCACCCUAGAGUCCGAAGACGACCUGCACAGUGACAGCGAGAGCAAGGGCCGGGGAAUUGUGACCCUAGAGCAGCUGGGGGACCCGUGUGAGGUCAGGUCAUGGUCGAAGCUCAAAACCUUCGUCCGCUGGCCUCUUCGAGGCUCUCUCAAGAGAAAAGUCAACUGGGUGCAGCUGGCAGGCCACAAAGGGAGUUUUAAAUCAGCAGAAGAAGGAACUAUUCUGAAGAAGCUCUCUGAGAAUGAGAAGCAGUGUUUUGAGAAGCUCCAAGAGGACCCACUGCUGCCCUUUGUACCACAGUACCAUGGUGUGGUGGAGAGCGACGGACAAGGUUUUCUCCACUUGAACGACUUGCUGGUAUACUUUGACCAGCCGAGCGUCAUGGACUGUAAAAUGGGAGUAAGGACAUAUCUUGAGGAGGAGUUAGUGCGGGCUCGAGAGCGCCCCCGCCCCCGAGAGGACUUGUAUAAGAAGAUGGUGGAGGUGGACAAAGAGGGACCCACGGCAGAGGAACACUGCCAGGGUGCAGUCACCAAGCCCCGCUACAUGCAGUGGAGAGAGACACUGAGCUCCACACACACACUGGGCUACAGGAUCGAGGGCAUCAAGAAGAGCGAUGGGACAUGCCGGACCGACUUUAAGAAAACACGCUCACAGCAGGAUAUCAUCAAGAUCUUCCAGGACUUUGUUGGAGGCAGCACUGACAUCCUGAAAUUAUACUUGAGCAGACUUGCAGAAAUUCAGCAAGCCUUGAGCAAAUCCCACUUUUUCAAGCAACACGAGGUGAUCGGAAGCUCUCUGCUCUUCCUCCAUGAUGCAUCAGGCAAGGCACAGGUCUGGAUGAUAGACUUUGGUAAGACCACGGCUCUUGCAGAAGGACAGCUGCUACACAAUGUGCCCUGGCAGGAGGGAAACAGAGAGGAUGGAUACUUGUGGGGUCUGCAGAACCUCAUCCAGACUGUAGAGGCAACUAUAGAGUCCUGCAGCCAUAACAACCAGACUGUGCCAACACCCAGCCACAACUUAUGACCAUUGUCUAUAGUUAACCAGCAAUAAGAUUAUGAAAUUUGUGCUUCGGUGUGUGUUAAAAUGCAAGUUAUUCUGGAGAAGGGAACUCUUUUAUAAGUAAGUCCAUAAUCUGGUCAUGCUCAGGCCAAAUGACACUGCAGAAAGAUCCCUCACACACCCAGUGGGACAAUAGUCAAAUCCAUCUGUUUAACUGUGUUUGUGUGAGACAAACAUAAAUUGGGCAUUUCACAUCAGAUCCACAUGGACUCUGUCCACCUGCUAUUCCAAAACUCAGAAAUAAAACACAGGAGAAGGUGUGAAGUAAUGUUAAGAAACACAUAUUACAACACAUUGUACAAGUUUAUUUAUUUGUACAAGUUUAUAAUUGUUUUUGCUGUUUUGGGGAUAAUGUGUAAGGAAUCAGGAGACAGCAAAUUGCAUAGUAUAUUCUCUAAGCUACAUACAUAACCAUCAAUGUGAAUUAUUCAGCUGUAAAAAUAUAUAUAUAUGUUUAUAAAAAUGUAAAAUUUUAUUACAGUAUAACAUAAUAGUCUACUAUCUAGUUUGUUUUAAAUACACAUGUUUUAUGCACUGGGAGAUUUGUUGCAAGUGUUAAUUAAACUGAACUAAACACGAAACAAUAGCUACAACUACUUAAACACUGUAUUUAUGUAACACAAACAAAAUACACAAAAACGAGCAGCGAGUUGCUGGUCUCCUCCUCAGUAAACAUUUUAUGGCAGUGAUCUGCUUAAACUAAUAUACAAUGUCAACUAAAAACUAAAAGAGCAGAGUUAGCCCAGUGUGUCUAAAAAGCAUUUCAACUGCAUUCUCUGAUUCAUAAAAAUAUUAUCAACACAGGUCCUCAUCACUGCAGUGACCACAACUUAACGGAGGCAUAAGGUAAAAUUGACUAGCAUGACCUUUUAACCAAGUAACUAUACAAUAGUUUUCCCUCUUCAUUGGCUUAUUCAGAGUUCUAUUUUUGUUGGUCCUGUAUUCAAGGCGUGGCUGCCCCCGUGCUCUGUACAUGUGAAAAGUAAACAAUUUUGACUCCAGGUCAUACAAAUAAUGUUCAUAAAAAUAAAAAAUAAAAACACAUAAAACAACAUCCUCUCUAUGCUACAGUGAAAUG